CCCUGGUGAAGAUCUGCAGCUGGAUUUGCACGUAUCAGAGCGAGUGGAGGUGAUCUAUAAGGGUGGAGAUUCAGCAGAUCCACAUGAUGAACAGAUCUGCACUGUGGAUAGAAGCUCACUACGCUGUACAGCUGAAUACACACCGAGAACAUCACUCACUAACACAGUUCUUACACUGAGAGGAGUAAAGCUGACUGAUGGGGGAGUUUACAUCGUCCGGGACACGGAGAAUAAUGAAGAUCUUCAUAUUUACUCAGUAUCACUGACAGCAUCAGUGAGAGAGAGAGCGCUACCAGUGUGGGCGAUUAUCCUGAUAGUGCUGAUGGUUCUUCUGCUUGUUGCGCUGCCUGUGAUGAUAAUCUGCUACCUGAGGAAUCGGCGCUGCCAAAGAGAUGAAUUGUACAGAGGAGCUGCAGUGGAGCAGGAAGAGAUCAGAGCUGGAAUGGCACCAUACAAAUGAGGGACCAGGCAGAGAACGAAAGCAUGUUGGAGCAGGAAGAGAACCUGAAGCUCAAACAUAAGAAUGGAAUAACAGAGGGAAGAGACUUAUAACUUCAUACAGCAUGAUUCUGGAGCAAGGAGAGAGCUGAACUCAGAUAGGAAGACGGGAAUAAAUGAUUUCUCCAUCCCUUUGUUCUUCACAACACCAAAAGAAUACGACCUGACUACAGAAUCUGCUGGAAUCCUAUUACAAGUUAUCUGUUCUAGACCUGACUACUGCAAGUCUUUUUUUUAAAAUGUUCUUUUUUUUUUAUCUGUUACAUAUCCUCAUCAGAUCUUUUUAUAGGCUUCUCCUGUCAUAUAUUACCUUUGGAGAUGAUUUCACUGAGCACCACAUCAUGUACGAAGUCUGAUUUAGAUCUCCACACCUGCACUCCAACUCUGGAAUAUCAUCUGUCCUUCUCUGGGAUCUGCUUCAGUCCUGGUUCCUCAGCAAUGUGAUGAGCUUCCAGCUCCUUUAAGAACAGAACCUUGUGUUUUGGUCUCAGAAGAACCUCCUCUAAGAACAGAACCUGUUCAGAAGGCAUUGAGGUCACUGACAGUUAUUAUUUUCGGGUGCUAUGUUCGAGUGGAGCCAAACCAUGCCAGCAACGUAAAUAAAUGCCCCCAGAGCACAUAACUGUCAACCCUCCCGUUUUUCUUGGGAUUCUCCCGUAUUUUACCAUUCUAUCCCGCUAUCAUCCCGUUUAAAUAUUUUCCCGUAUUUCUCCCGUAUUUUUAAUCUUUCUAUGAAAAAAAAUCCCACUGGGUGUAAUUGAUAUGUUUGCUACAUUCGCCUCCGGUAAAGCAGGUGGCAGUAUACAGAACAUUAGCUGUAACAUCUACAGAACGCACUCAAACGGCACCCGCCAAUAAAACAAGUAGAAGAAGAAUAGCGGUCGAAGAAGAGGAACAGCAUCCUGAGGAUGGAGGAACAUGAGAGAGAUGGCGUUGGAGUACCUGCAAAAAAGGAGAAAACUUUGUGCAUGUAUUUUAACAAAUGGGAGGAGGCUUACCUGUACUUAACCAAAGAAUUUGCCGUCCUUACAAGAAUUUAUGAUGAGUCCAAUCUGGAGGUGACAACGAAGUUCCUUGAAAUGCCCAUAUGCAAUGUGGGUAAUGCAGAAAACCUAUAUGAAAAGCUGUCCGAAGCAUUGAGCAAAAGAGGCAUUCCAUGGGAGAAUGUCAUUGCCUUCAACUCCGACAAUGCACGUGUAAUGAAAGGCAGACACAAUUCAGUGAUUAGCAGACUAAGAGGAAGCCAGCCUAAUGUCCAGGACCUUGGCUGCAUUUGCCACCUUGUCCAGCUUGCCACUGGUUGUGGCAUCAAGGCAACCAAACCUCCAGUAGAAAACAUAUUGGUUGGGAUGUACACCCACUUUGACAAAAGUGCAAAGAGAUGUGAGUUCUACAAGGAGUUUGUAGAGUUCACAGACUCUGACAACCUUAAGCUCCUGAGGUACUGCAGUACCAGAUGGCUCAGUCUGCUUACAUGCAUACAGAGAGUACUGAACCAGUGGGCUGCUCUACAGGCAUACUUUGACAGUCAUGAGGAGGUGGAGAGGAAUGCCAAAGUUCGUGAUCUGGCAAGCCAUCUCCGUGAUCCAGUUAUGAAGACAUACUUUAUGUUAAAUUUAAUAUUGCCUUUCAGUCAGAGGGAGUACAGAUUCACAGGCUUGAAGAGGAAAUGUGCAGGCUGAUCAGGCGGUUUUUGGGCUACCUCAUACCAGCCAGGGCCAUCUUGGAUGUGCCUCUCAGGGAGGUGAACUCUGGAGAGGGACAUCAGUUGGAAGAUGAAGACCUCUUCAUUGGAGAAGAGACAAAGGAAUUCAUCAGAAAUGCAAAGCUCCCUGUUUCAUCCAAGAAACAAAUCUUUCAAACUGUGAGAACCUUCUAUGAAGCAGUGCUGAGAAAGAUGUUCAACUGCUUUCCACUUGACUCCCAACUCCUGAAGGACUUGAGAGCGCUGGACCCUGCAUCUCGGCUUGAUAUCACUCCAGGGACAGGUAGAGAUUAGGGACAGUUAGAGAUUAGGGACAGUUUACAAUUAACAUGUUAUAUGAAGUAUUGCAUGGUUUACAUAAAUCAGCAGUGUUCAGUUAGCAGCACUAUUGUUUUAUUUUACAGUGACAAGGCUAGUAGCCCUGUUCCCUCACUUGAGCUUGAAUGAGGAUAGGCUGAGGGAGGAAUUCAUUGACUACCAGGUGACAGAUAGCAAGCAUCUCCCCCAAGAAGACAGAAUUGACAGAUUCUGGGGCCUUCUAGGCAAAGCACGUGAGUUUCAGUGAGCUGACAAGACUUAUGAAGGCUUUAUUAUGCAUUCCACACAGCAAUGCCAGUUCUGAAAGGGUAUUUAGUAUGGCGCGAAAAAUUGUUACAGAAAUUAGAAUGGCAUUGGACAACAGUACUGGUUGUGCUUUACUGUCAUGUAAAAGCAGUUGGAUUUCCCUUAUUUUCAAAUCCCAAUGUUGACAGGGCUACAGUCUGCUCAUGAUUCAACUAGAUAUUUGAGAUUUUGGGGCCAGAAUUCAGACACACACAUGUUCCCACUGCUAUGAUUAGCUAGAUAUAAAAUACCAAAGUGCUAAUUUAGGUACUUCCUGAAGAAGAAGGUCUUUAUGGAGGUGCCAGGACAGAGGAAAGUCCUGAUGCAGGUCUUCCUUGUACUCCUGUACAGUCCCGCAUGGUGCGCAUCGGUGCCGUUACUCCUGUAUAGUCCCGCGUGGUGCGUGUCGGUACCGUUAUUCCCGUAUAGUCCCGCGUGGUGCAUGACGGUACCGUUACUCCUGUAUAGUCCUGCGUGGUGCGUCGUCGUGUAUCGCUGUAGUUUAGGACUGUGGGGGUUUGUUGCUGAAUUAUUUUCUAUUUUGCGUCGUCGUGUAUCGCUGUAGUUUAGGAUUG